GAAAGUUGUACCCCUUUACUAUGGGCGAUGCCGAUAUUUCUUGAGGGUCAACAAGUGUACAUUGUUCGAUUUCGGGAGUAGUGUUUUGAUAAGUAUAUAAAAAGUUCGAGUGGUAUCAAGAGAUCAUCGUCUCGAAGUGUGCGGUAUAUUCACACCAUAUAAAAUGGCAUUCAAGUUCAUCGCCUUCGCCGCAUGUCUGGCAGUUGCUCAAGCUGGAAUAAUUCCAACCGCACCUCUUGCAUAUGCCGCACCAGUCGCGAAAAUAGCAGCUCCCUUGGCAUAUGCUUCUCCAGUAGCUAAAGCUGUCGUUUCUGAAGAAUACGAUCCUCAUCCCCAGUACAACUACGCCUACGAUAUCCAAGAUGGUUUGACCGGUGACAGCAAAAGUCAGCAAGAAUCCCGUGACGGUGAUGUUGUCCACGGUAGUUACUCCCUCAUUGACGCCGAUGGUUAUAGACGUACCGUCGACUAUACAGCAGACCCUGUGAACGGAUUCAAUGCUAUUGUAAACAGGGAACCUCUUGUCCAGAAAGGAGUUGUUGCCAAAGUUGCUGCCCCAGUUGCCUACGCCGCACCAGUAGCUAAAUUCGCUACUCCACUUGCGUAUGCUCAACCUGCCAUCGCCAAAGUAGCAUACUCUGCUCCUGUUGCCCAAUACUACCACUAGGAGAUAUCGACCUGACUGUGUACAUAUAGCUAUUUAUUAAUAAAUUAUUACAGAUA